AGAAUAAUAAGAAGAACCCUCGGCCCAUAUGGCCCAGUUUUGGCGUCACCCGGAAGUCGUCACUCCGGGCGGGAUGACCGGUUGGACAAAAUGGCGAAGGAUGAGGACUUACGGCAGGAAUCAGUCCUGUGAAACACACUUCAUCCUGUCUGGUGAAACAGCCUGCCUUGAUGCAAGACAUAAAAACCAACAUGAAUCUCCAGCAGCCAUCACCUCUCAUCCCCCCUGUCCACCCUGAUGUGCAGAUGAAGCCCCUGCCCUUCUAUGAUGUACUGGAUGUCCUAAUCAAGCCUUCAAGUCUAGGAGCAAGUACUGCACAGAGGUACCACCAAGAAAAAUAUUUUAUCUUUGCCUUGACACCACAGCAAGUUCGAGAAGUUUGCAUAUCCAGGGACUUUCUGCCAGGUGGCAGGCGGGACUAUAUGGUUCAAAUUCAACUGAGGUUUUGCUUGUCAGAGACAAGUUGCCCUCAAGAGGAUAAUUAUCCCAACAGUCUUUGUAUAAAAGUCAAUGGGAAGCUGUUUCCUUUGCCAGGGUAUGCACCACCACCCAAAAAUGGUGUGGAACAGAAGAGACCAGGAAGACCUUUGAACAUUACCUCCCUUGUCCGACUCUCAUCUGCAGUACCCAAUCAGAUUUCAGUGACAUGGGCCCCUGAAAUUGGAAAAACCUAUUCUAUGUCUGUGUACCUGGUGAGACAGCUAACAUCACCACUGCUGCUGCAGAGGCUGAGGAUGAAGGGCAUCAGAAACCCAGACCACUCCAGAGCAUUAAUUAAAGAGAAGCUGACCGCAGAUCCAGACAGUGAAAUUGCUACAACAAGUCUUCGAGUCUCACUUAUGUGUCCGCUGGGUAAGAUGCGACUCACAGUGCCAUGCCGGGCAGUGACCUGCUCUCACCUGCAGUGUUUUGAUGCUGCCCUCUACCUACAGAUGAAUGAGAAGAAACCCACCUGGAUCUGUCCUGUGUGUGACAAGAAGGCUGCAUAUGAGAGUCUUAUCAUUGAUGGUUUAUUCUUGGAAAUCCUGAACGACUGCUCAGAUGUGGAUGAAAUCAAGUUUCAGGAGGAUGGAACGUGGUGUCCCAUGAGACCAAAGAAAGAAGCGGUCAAGGUCCCAUCUCAGUCAGUUCCAAAAAUUGACACUCCUUUGCGCCAGUCGUCAGUGGUGCCCCAUUCUACUGAGCCCAGCUCCACCAAGAAGGCUGAUGUGAUUGAUCUUACUCUGGAGAGCUCCUCAUCUGAUGAUGAUGAUGAGGAAGACACAGACCCUCCACUGAAGAAACAUUGUGUUUACAUUUCCAAUAAUGAGGAGAUGCAUGCGAAGGGAGUGUUGACCUACCAGCCCACUGUGCGCAUGCCGAAUGUCCAGUCCCUGGACCCGACGUAUCUGACCUCUACGCUUGCUGACUAUGCAGUCCCCUUCCAUCCUUCUACUCUGGCUACCAUCCCCACAGACAUGCAAAGUCUGGAUUUGUUUUCCUUAAUUCAAGCAGAUCCUCAGCAUUACAGACCUCAGAUGUUCCUGGAUAACCUGACCAGCAGUAUGCAAAGUGCAGCUGCAGCCAGCACAAGCUCAGCCUUGGUCUCUUCCAGCAGCCACUAUGACACCACCACCCACGCCGCCAGCUCCAUCCACGAAACCCGGAUCAUCACAGGUGGAGGUGCUGGAGGAGGAACUGAUAGUGGAAUAUCAGAUAUCAUUUCACUAGACUGAGCCAUGUCUCACUGGACCUUUUUAGGCCUGUUUUUGUGGCCUUUUUAUCCUGGACAUAACAUAUGAUAAACAGGUACAUCACAUGCUCAAUUUUACACCCGAACUGGUAUACAUGAGCACUUUGAUGGCCUCAGCAUUUUCACCAGGCAUAUAUUUUUUUGCCCAGUUUUCAUCUGCUGCCUAUACAUUUUUUGAUGAUAAAUAGUCAGCAGUCAAUUUCUCUAGACAUUACCAAUUAUUCUUGUUUGGUGUCAUGCACUUGAUCAUUAGAUAAAAUUUAUACCAAUUUGUUUACUUACAUGAACAUGUAUGUCUGACUUCAGUCUAUUCAAUUGUGUGCCUCAUUAGCAUGGGAGAGAGUCAGGAUGAAGGGAAGAAGAACUUGGACUCACACCAUGAUCUUGUUUCAUACAUCUUUGCAUCUUCAGAAUGGUUGGAAGUAGAAAGGCACUUUGUGAAAUAGACUUGUGGACUGAACACUGUUGACGGGUUUGUUUCUUUGUUUUUAUUGUCUGCUGGCUUUCUAAAGCCCUGUUUUGCCUUCCAUUCAACCUGAUGGAAGCAUGGAAGACUGAGUUUUUAGGCUCAUGACAUUACAGCUUUCAUGUUAUACCAAUGUUACAUUUAUUUUUUUGUUCCAUUGAAAUUUAGACAGAGCAAUAAUAAUUUAACUAGUGUUAAUCAAAGUUGUAAAUAUAGUUCAUAUAAUGAUUCCACUUGGUCCAUAUCACUACUACUCUGCCUCCCAAAUUGAGUGUCCUACCUUUGUAUCAAUUUGUUAGCCAACUGCUCCUAUAGGAGUUGUUCAAAAUGUAAGAAAAUAUGACGACAUUGUUUUCUUUCGGAUUUUCAGAUGGACAUAAGUCUCAUGUUUUAAUGCUGCCUUCAAAUGUGGUUGUGGCUUAAAGUACAUGUGAACGCCCCCCUUUUGAUGUAUUUACAACAUCGGGAGGCCAAAGAAGUUAUUUUUUUUGUUGAAUGGAAAGUUUGUCUUGAAAUUUGUUGUUUAGUCCUUUGUCUGAAUUUUAUAAUAUGUUGAAGGAAAAUGUUAAUAUUCCAACAGUUUUCAUCUGUCAUUAUGUCAGUACAUUUCCUACAAUGUUACACGUGUGCCAGCUUGCUUAAUUGUUAGCCUCUGUGGCCUCUAGACAUUGACAGUUAUGUUAACAUGAGCCUCCAUGUUUUUAUCGCCUGGCAGCAUUGUUCUCAAGAACACUUGAAUGCCAAGCACACUAUGUACAUGACUUCCCACAUUGUAUCCACAAGCUCACAAGUUCCAUGUGAAGGCAGCAUAUGUACUGAGCUGGAGUCUGUGAUUAGCCCAGCUUAGCAUGAAGACUGAAAGCAAGGGGAGUCAGCAAGCAUGAUUGUCCACAACACAAAAUUAUGAUUAACAACACCAGAUAAGCUCAUGUUUCUCAUUAGUUUGCUCCUUACUCAAUUAUAAAUGUAAGAACCAUACUUUGUUUUUCUACUGGGAUUUAGGUGCUGCCCCUUGCUAGCCAUUUCCCCCUGUUACCAGUGCUCAUGCUAGACCAAACACAUCCAGACUCAAACUAUGUACUUAACUCAAAGACAUGAGAUCCAUAUCCAUCAUAUCAUCUAUUUCUAGGAAAUUGUCUAAAAGUGUAUUUCCCAAAAUACUGAACUGUGUUUGAACAUUUUCUGACAAAUGUGUGUAUCAGCUUUGACAAGUAUGAAACUGUCAGAGAAUUUUUAGAUCACGUGAAGUAUGAAGAUAAUGCUGCCAAAAUUCUGACUUACUUGCCUUCAGUUAAAAGUCCACUUUGUAAAUCUUCUGGACGUUGACCUCUUCUUUUUGCCCGGGGUUGAAUGUUAAUGAUGCUUUAUGUUCUCAAUAGACAUGAUAUGGACAUUUGCUUAGCAUUAACAUCUACACAACAGUAAGAAGCAACAUACAGGGCAGCUACAAAACUACAUAAUCUGGAUCGCUUACUGUUUUUAUGGACUCCAGCCAUGAGUAGCUCAAUCUCAGGGAACUACACUGCUAUUCUGGGCUUGACAAAUUCAUUGAAGUAAAGUACAGACACAUAAAUAACACUUUCGAGAAAAAGAAAAUAAGUCACUUGUUUAAGGAAUAGGUUUGAUUUAUGUAAACGUAUCUGUCUGAUGAUUCAGUCUCCACAAAAUUUAGCUUAUGCUUUGAAAAAUGCUAUUUACAUUUUUCAGAGUCCAUUUUACUUUGUAUAAUGCACACAAAGGAAAGAGUCUUGAAUUGAACUAGUAUGAAAACUGUCAGUAAAGAUGUUACUAGAUUACAUUCACCUUCAUUAUAAUGGUAUUAAGGCCCAAAUCUGAACGACUACUUAAAAUCUGGAUAUCUAAUACCAAAUCUGUCUGCAUGAAGACAUUUUGGAAGGUGAGAAAAUUAUUUUUAGUUUUGGUCAACCAACAUGAAGCAAGUAUAAUUGUGUAGUAAGUUAAACAAAGUUCAGCAACACAAUCAAAGUCUUUCCCCACAUGUGCAGCACCUUUAUUAGUGGAGAGUUUGCACAGAGGCUACCGUUUUACUGACGAGACCAUUACCUGCAGGCAGAUGUUGGUACUGUAGAUCUAUGUGUUACCGUGUUAUUUUGGACUCUUAAUACUUUGUAGACUUUGAAACACAAUCCAGAACAGUACCAUGUUUCAUUUCUGAUGCCAUCUUGACAAACUCCGAAAAAGUACUUUUUUUAUUUUGUUCGAAUAGUUAUUACAGAAUGAUUCAUUACGAAUUUGUUUUUGUUUUCUUGUGUCUGUGAACCUGAGGCAUUUUGAGCCUUGGUAAUGUAUCGGUAUUUUUUAUGAUUAAACAUUUUCUUUUCUCUA